AUGAUUUGCCUGGUUCUGCACUGUGGUUUCCUGCUUCAUGCCAUUGCAACAUCCAUCACCGUUUAUUAUACAACCUUACCUCUUGCCAGUUCACAGGGACAUUUCCCAAGUCUUGAAAAUGUGGGUGCUUUCAAGAACAUUUCCAUUGUGCCAACCCAAGCGACCUGUGGAUUGCCAGAAAGGAGUACUUUUUGUCAAAGUUCAGCUGUUGUUGAAAGUAUGAACUUCUGUAUUCCGCAAUUUUGUAUUCAGAAGUGUUUGUAUAGGUCAUCUCCUGCUUCCUAUGCUGCCAUUCUCUCAGAAGGCUUGGGGAAUGUUCUCCAGCAAGAUCAAAACGAUGUGCCUCCUGGAUCUUUCAGCAACACAAGUAUUCUUUUUCAUGCUGAAAAAGGUUGUUUUUCCACUCCUUGUCCUCGGAAGCUUGCUGUUUCGUUUACUUUAACUGUAUGGUUGAAACCUGAGAAAGAAGGUGUAAUGUGUAUGGUGGAGAAAACUGUUCAUGGGCAGACUGUGUUCAAGCUUACAAUUUCUGAGAAAGAGACAGUGUUUUAUUAUCGCACUAUAAAUGGGCUGCAGCUACCGAUAAAAGUAAUGACACUGGGGAGAAUUCUGGUGAAGAAAUGGAAUCAUCUUAGCGUGCAGGUUCAUCACAACAGAAUUAGUUUCUUUAUAAAUGGUUUGGAAGAUGAUGAUACAGCCUUCGAUUCCAGAAUUCUCACAGGGCUAAUAGCAGAUCCCUCUGUUGAUGGUGAAUGGAGAAUUGGGCAAAAUUUAAAUGGUUCAGAGCAAUUUGUCGGGAGGAUGCAAGAUUUCAGAUUGUACCAAAUGGCCCUUACAAACAGAGACAUUUUUGAAGUAUGGUCUGGAAAAUUUCCUCAACUUCGUAUUCAAUCAGAAUGUCGCUGUCCUGGAAGUCACCCAAGGGUACAUCCUUUGGUUCAGAGGUAUUGCAUUCCUAAUGGUGCAGAUGACACAACUAAUGACAGAGUGCUCAGACUAAACCCUGAAGCUCACCCUUUAAGCUAUGUCAAUGAUAAUGAUAUUGGAACUACAUGGAUUUCAUCUAUAUUUAGCACCACAGAGCAUCUACGUCAUGGAGUAACCAUCACCAUUGACUUAGAAAAUGGACAGUACCAGGUGUUUUAUGUUAUAAUCCAGUUCUUCAGCCCUCAGCCUGAAGCAAUCCAAAUACAAAGAAAAAAGCAACCCUCCAUUGGUUGGGAAGACUGGCAAUACUUUGCGAGGGACUGUAGUGUCUUUGGAAUGGAGAAUAAUGGAUCGCUGACAUAUCCAGAUUCUGUAAACUGUGUACAGCUUCCUAGCCAUCCUCCAUAUUCCCAUGGAAAUAUUACUUUCAGUGUUCUUACUCCAGAACCAAAUCAUCGGCCAGGAUAUAAAGAUUUCUACAAUACACCAUCACUUCAAGAGUUUGUCAAAGUCUCAACAAUUAAGAUUCAUCUAUUUGGCCAGUAUCACACCACUAUGCCCUGGGUUAAUUUUGGACAUAGAUACUAUGGAAUUGAUGAAAUUACAAUCAGUGGAAGAUGUAAUUGCUUUGGCCAUGCUGAUCAUUGUGACACAAGUCACAGUCCAUACAAAUGUCUCUGCUCUAAGGAAAGCUACACAGAAGGAAACAAGUGUGAUCGCUGUCAGCCACUGUACAAUGACAAGCCUUUCCAUCCAGGAGAUCAAGUUCAUGCUUAUAAUUGCAAACCUUGUCAAUGUUUUAACCAUGCUGUAAGCUGUCAUUACAACAGGACAAUAGAUUACUUUCCUAAUGAAUAUUAUAGAGGUGGUGGUGGAGUCUGUGAUAAUUGUCAACAUAACACUUCAGGAAGAAAUUGUGAGUUGUGUAAUGAUUUCUUCUAUCGGCAUAGAGAUGCGGAUCUGUCCGCUUUGGAUGUUUGUAAACCCUGUGAAUGUUACUCAGCAGGAACCAAAAAUGGUAGUCGCUUUUGCAAUAAGAUUGGAGGAAAAUGUAAUUGCAAAAGACAUGUGUCUGGUAGACAAUGCAAUCAAUGCCAAGAAGGAUUCUAUAAUCUGCAAGAGUUCAAUCCUGAUGGCUGCAGCUCCUGUAGCUGUAAUGCCUCUGGGACAGUUGAUGGAGAUACUACCUGUCACCAAAAUUCAGGCCAAUGCAAGUGCAAAGAAAAUGUUAUUGGUCUCAUAUGUGAUCAAUGCAAGUCUGGAUAUAAAGUCAUCCAGAAUAUUAAGCAAGAUGGGUGCGAGCCUUGCCUGUGUAACAUCCAUGGUUCCAUGAACGAUUUGUGUAAUCCUUCCACUGGACAGUGCACUUGUAAGGAAGGGGUUAAAGGAGUUCAUUGUGAUACCUGCAUUGAUGGCUUUUAUUGGAUAGAUGCUUUUGGCUGUAAACCUUGCAGUUGUCAGACAGCAGGAUCAGUUUCUGAUGUAUUGUGCGAUCCCAAAACAGGACAGUGUAUUUGCAAGCCUAACUUUGGUGGAAGACAAUGUGAUGAUUGCUUAAAUGGGUAUUAUAAAGAAUGGCAAAACAAUGCUUCGUUCUGUAUGCCAUGUAACUGUGAUAAGUCCGGCUCUGUAAAUGGCUCUUUAGUCUGUGACAAAUUGACAGGACAGUGUCCUUGCAAAUCUGGUGUCACAGCUCAUCAGUGCAAUCAGUGCAAACCUUAUAUGUAUAACCUUACUGCUCAAAAUAUUCUUGGCUGCAUGCCUUGUGACUGUGAUCCUCUAGGGACACUUCCAGGAACAGCAUGUGACCAAACCAGUGGACAAUGUAUUUGCCAGCCUCACCGCCAGGGAAGAAGGUGUGAAAAGUGUAAGCCAGGUUUUUAUAUUUCUGCACAUAGUGAGAGCAGCUGCCUUCCUUGUUUGUGCCACCCAAGUGGCUCGGUCAGCAAUAUUUGUGACACUCUCACUGGCCUGUGUGUUUGCCAUGAUUCUUCUGUAUCUGGGAUGAAAUGUGAUCUCUGCAGUGACAACUAUUUUGGAUUCAACUCAGAAACUGGGAAAUGUCAGCAUUGUAAUUGUCAUCCUGCUGGAGCUAUUAAUUGGACUUGUCAUCCCAUUACUGGACAAUGUAUGUGUAAACAAUUUGCAGCUGGCUUAAAAUGUGACAACUGUGUUCCCAAUGCUAGCAAUUUGGAUGUCCACAACCUAUUUGGCUGCAGUAAAACUCCUUCCCAGCAGCCUCCUCCCGAAGGGCAGAUUGUAAAUUCUUCAGCUAUCAGACUCACUUGGAAUCCGCCCGAUUCUCCCAAUUCAAAUUGGCUUGCUUACAAACUGUACAGAAAUGGGACUCAGAUCUACACAACAGAGAACUAUCAUCCUUACAGCCUCCAGGUCUUUGUUGAUAGCAAUUUACUUCCGUAUACCUUCUAUACGUAUUACCUUGAAGCAAGCAACAUCCACGGAUUUACAAGAAGUACUGAGUUGACCUACAGAACACAACCUGGGAUACCUCUAGGAAAUCUGUAUUUAAAUCCAGUCUUUCCUGUUGGACCUUAUUCUAUUUCUUUUAACUGGACAGCCUUAUCAAAUGACACUGGUCCAAUAGAGAAAUAUAUUUUGACAUGCAUUUCUUCAUUUGAACAUCAAUCUUGUGGCCAGCAUGAAAGCUUGGGGACCUCUAUAACUGUCUGGAAUUUAGUUCCAUUUAAAAAAUACAUCUUUUAUGUUCAAGCAUGUACUAAUGGAGGCUGUUUGCUAAGCAAACAACUAUCAAUAGUUACUGCGCAAGCACCUCCUGAGGAGCAGCUACCUCCAGUCAUACGAAAUAUCAACUCUACUGAAUUGGCUGUAGAAUGGGUCCCACCCAGGAAAACCAAUGGUGUAAUUAUUAAGUAUGAAUUAUAUAUGAAAGGAGGUGUAAAAUUCAAUGAAAGUCAUGUUUCCCCUGAGAAUUGUGUUUUCCAAAGCAAUGGAUGGUUCAAUCUUCAUCCAGUGGAAGAAUCUAUACAUGAGAAAGCUUUGACACCACCUGUAACUAGUACUGUUAUCAUGGAUUUGGAGCCAUUCACAGACUAUGAGUUCUGUGUUUUAUCAGCCAAUAUGGCUGGCAGCACAUUUUCAAAUUGGACUUUGCAAAGAACAGCAGAGGCAGCUCCUGUAUUCAUGCCACUUCCAUCAGUAUUCCCCCUUUCACCAUAUUCUCUGAAUGUGUCUUGGGAAAAGCCACGAGAUAAUGAAGCAAGAGGAGAAGUGAUGGGGUAUAGCGUCAAUGUAAUUACCGAACAAAAAGUAUUGCCAAUGUUUUCUCAGCCUUUGUAUGUUGCUGAAGCCCAAGAGCAAUCCUAUGUAAUGACGGGACUGGAGCCAUACAGAACAUACUCUUUUACCAUUACUCUCUGCAAUCGAAUUGGAUGUGUCGAUAGUAAGCCAGGAAUGGGACAAACUUUAGCUGCUGCUCCAGUUCUGCUAAUAGCACCCAACACUGAAGGAAUAAACAGUUCUGUAAUAAAGAUAACUUGGUAUGAGCCUGAAGAACUUAAUGGACCUCCUCCAAUUUAUCAGCUGGAAAGAAUAGAUAUAUCUUUAGCAACAUCAGAUGUAAAUGUAAAAAAAGGCAUUCGUUUUCCAGGAAAUGGGUAUUACAAGUUUCCAAAUUCUAUUUUGCCUGCAGACACCUAUUUUACAGGUAUUAAAAUAAGCUUUAAAACGGCAGAAUUAGAUGGUCUACUUUUUCUCUCUAUGUCACCUGGUAAUCAAGAAGAAUACAUUGUCCUUCAGUUGAGAAGAGGCCGUCCUUACUUUCUCUUUGAUCCACAGGGUUCUGCUAUUGCUGUAACUCCAGAAAAUGAUGGUGGAAGGCAAUAUAAUGAUAACAACUGGCAUCAUAUAAGUGCAGUAAGAAAUCAAGCCUUGGGAACAAUAAUUAUAGAUGAGCAAUUCUCAGGUUCCUCAUCAGCUACAAGUGGUGGUACCAUUAUAGGAGAAAAUGCAGGCAUUUUUGUUGGAGGACUUCCACAAGACUUUAUAAUUGAAAGGAAAGACAUAGUCACAAAAGGAUUUGUGGGGUGUCUCCGCAAUAUCUUCUUGCAACAGAUGCACCAUCCCUAUGAAGUCUGGGAACCUUUAAAAUGGGAAAAAGCAGUGGAGCAAAGAAAUGUUUAUCACAAUUGGGAAGGUUGUCCUACUUGCCUUGAAGAUGGAGCACACUUUCUUGGGAAAGGUUUUCUAGAACUCCAUUCAAAUAUCUUUUUUGGUGGCAUGGAUUUUGAGAUCUCCUUUAUGUUUAAAACAGAUCAAUUCAGUGGAUUACUUCUGUUCAUUUACAACAAAGAUGGGCCUGAUUACAUUGCUGUAGAACUGAAAAGUGGAAGUCUGAUUUUCCUACUAAAUAAUGGCAUUGUCUCCACACAUGUGGAUCUCUGGUUAGGACUAUCUUACUGUGAUGGAAAGUGGAACAAGAUUAUUUUGUCAAAAAGAGGAUCGGUAGCUUCAGCAAAGAUGAAUGAAUGGACAGAUCAUGUGAUGGAACCUGAUUUGGAACAGCUAUUUGUAAACUCUCCAGUCUACCUUGGAGGGACUCCAGUUAAGGUCCAGGAAGCAUUUAAAGAACUGGGCUUAGAAGAGGGUUUUGGAGGCUGCAUGAAAGAUGUUAAAUUUACACGAAGUGCUGUCGUUAACUUGGCAUCUGUGUCCAGCAGUGCUGUCAGAGUCAAUCUGGAUGGAUGCCUAUCAACUGACAGUGCUGUAAACUGCAGGGGAAAUGACUCCAUCUUAGUGUAUCAAGGAAAAGAGAAGCAUGUAUAUGAUAAUGGCCUGCAACCAUUUACAGAAUAUUUAUAUCGGGUAAUUGCUUCUAAUGAAGGAGGAUCUGUAUCUAGUGCCUGGAGCCGUAGCCGCACAAGAGAAUCAGUACCACAAAACGUGCUGACACUCUCAAGAAUUCACAGCAUAAAUGGUUACAGCAUUGAAGUUACAUGGGAUGAACCAGUUGGGGUCAAAGGUGUAAUUGAAAAGUACAUUUUGAAAGCUUCCACUGAAGAUGGUUCCAACAUAUCUGUUGUCAGUACAGAGAUUUCUAAUACUAGUUCAUGUACAGGUCUGCUGACAGGUUUGCGUCCCUUUGCAAACUAUGCUGUAACCCUAAUGGCUUGCACUUUGGCAGGCUGUACGGAGAGCUCACAUGCCUUGAACAUCUCCACUCCACAAGAAGGUAAACUCCAGGAAUAUCCAGCCACCACUUCUGUUUCAUUCCCCACAUCUUUAUGGUUGAGAUGGGCUCCUCCAGAAGAACCAAGCAUAAUCACACAGUAUAUUUUAUAUAUGGAUGCUCAACAAAUUUAUACUGGAAAUGAACCAGGUUUAUUUCUGACUGACUGCAAUAUUUUUACACCAUACCAGUUUUUUAUCUCUGCUUGCACAAUGGGCUGCAAAAACAGUACGCAGAUCACAGUGCUUACAACGGAGCUCCCACCAGUUCACGUGGAUGUGCCAGAUCUGAUAAUUUUGGAUUCUAGAACACUAGAAGCACAGUGGGAUAUUCCAAAGGAAGUAAAUGGAACAGUAUACAGCUAUAUUCUGUACAUUGCUAAGAAAGAGAAAAACUCUAUAGUUUGGGAUGCAAUUUAUAACUCUACAAAUCUUUUUCAGAACUAUACUAUACAAGACCUUUCUCCUGGUACUGAAUACUUCAUCAAGUUAGCAGCCUGCACUACAGGUGGAUGUACAAUCAGUGAAACUAUUUCAGUAAAAACAAUGAAAACUGGCCCAGAAGGAGUUCCAGCUCCUAAAGUCCAGUCUUUUUCCUCUGACUCUUUUAACAUUUCAUGGACUAAGCCAGAGUACAUGAAUGGAUUUAUUACUAGUUAUGGAUUGUACAUGAAUGGCAUUCUGGUGCAGAAUUCCUCAAAAGUGACCUAUUAUAUUUCUGGCCUUUCUCCUUGGAGUCUCCAUGCCUUCAGAGUUCAAGCAUGCACAUCAAAUGGCUGUGCUUUGGGCCCACUGGUAAAAGCUCAUACAACUGAAGAUGUACCUAAAGGAAACAUUGAACUGUUUGUUAUUAAUCGUGGAGCCAAAGAAGUUAAAGUGAAAUGGUUUCCUCUGAAUGAACCCAAUGGACAAAUAACAUAUGCUGUUCUUUUCACUGGAAUCUUUUAUGCUGACAAAGCUAAUGGCAAUUACAGUAUUUUAAAUUGCACACAAAUUUUACAUACCGGCAAAGAAGCCAAUGUCUGGGUGUCCAUUGGAGGAUUAAUUCCAUUUUCAAACUACACAGUGGAAGUGAAUGCUUCUAAUAGCCAAGGUUAUGUGAUCAGUGAUCCUGUAGAAAUUGCCCUAACUGCUGGUGCUCCAGAUGGCAUGUUGCCUCCUAGGCUUUCAUCUGCCAGUCCAACCAGUCUUCAGGUUUUCUGGUCUACACCAGUUCGCAAUAAUGCUCCAGGCUCACCCAGAUACCAACUCCAAAUAAGACUUAAGAACUGCCCAGAAAAUAAUACAGAGUUGUUUUCUAAACCAACAAUUUAUUUACAUCACAUACUGAAGAACCUGCAGCCACAUACAUCUUAUGAGUUGAGGGUUAUUGCCUGCAAUGAAUAUGGUGGUACAUUCAGCAACUGGACUCUGAUGGAUACAGAAGAGGAUAAACCAGGACCUAUUGACCCACCACUAAUCUUGGAAGUGAAAUCCAGAGAAACAACCAUUUCCUGGCAGCCUCCUUCAAGGCCAAAUGGCAUUGUCACCCAUUACAACAUCUAUCAAAACAACCAGCUGCACGCUACUAUACCAGGAGCUAGAUCAAAAUAUAUUACAUCUUUCUUGCAACCAUAUACAGUUUACCGAUUUCAAGUGGAAGGAUGCACUUCCAAAGGGUGCUCCCUUUCCUCUGAGAGCCUACCUAUACAAACCCUUCCAGAUGCACCUGAAGACAUCCCUGCUCCAGAACUAUACUCAGACACGCCAACAUCUGUGCUCGUGUCAUGGCAAUCUCCUCUUCAUCCAAAUGGACCAGUUGAAAACUUCACAAUAGAGAGGAGAGUAAAGGGAACUGAACACGUGUCCACAGUAGCUUCUUUUCCUUCCAAUUGCUCCAAAAGUUAUCUAGACCAAAGUGCUGGUCUCAGCCCUUGGAAAGAAUAUGAAUACAGAAUACUGGCAAGCACUUUUCAAGGUGGCAUUAACAGCAGUUCUUGGGUAGAAGUUAUCACCAGGCCCUCAAGACCUGAAAACAUCCAGGCUCCUAAGGUGCAAUCAUUGGAUCCAUACACUGCUCAGGUUUCCUGGGAAUCUCCUUCUAUUUUAAAUGGAGAAAUUUUGAGCUAUGAGAUCCACAUGCCGAACCCUCGAAUCACUAUAAAUAACAAUUUGACAAUUUCAAUGAGCCAUGUAGUAACCAACCUGAUUCCUUUCACAAAUUACUCGGUCACCAUAGAAGCUUGUACAGGAGGUGGAGAUUACAUUGGAGGGUGCACCAAGAGUUUACCAACAUAUAUGGUUACACUUCCAACAUUUCCCCAAAAUAUCAGUUCUGUGACUGUGACCCCAAUUAAUGAGUCAGUCAUUACUGUGUAUUGGCAACCACCAUCUAAACCCAAUGGACAUCACAUAAGAUAUGAGCUCCUGAGACGUAAAAUCCAGCAGCCACUUCUCAAUCCCCCUGAAGAUUUAAAUCUCUGGGACAAUAUUUACUCAGGAACUCAGUGGUUUUAUGAAGAUAAGGGUCUUAGCAGGAAUACAACAUAUGCAUAUAAGCUGAAAGUACAUAAUGAAGUAGGAUAUACGUCAAGUGAAGAAGUGGUUGUUACAACAUUAGCAGGAUUUUCAGAGAAAAGCACUAAUGUUGCUGCAAAGCCUCUUAACCACACAGCUAUAGAAGUGAAAUGGACCACUCCAACCUUACAAGAUGUUGAAGGAAGUAUUGAAUAUUAUUUACCCUGGAAUGACACUGGCCAAAUAAACUCCAAAAAGAUCCCCACAAGUGAAAAUAGUGCUGUUAUUGAUGAAUUAUAUCCAAAUACACACUAUCAGAUUUUGCUUCAAGUUUUCAGUGGACUUCACAGCAUCACAAGUGAACCUGUGCAAGUGAUUACACCAGAUGUAGAGCCAGAGGGCUUGUUCCCCCCAGAGAUUGUCAUCAUCAAUAGUACAGCUGUACGUGUCAUUUUGGCAUCACCUUCAAAACUCAAAUGGUGUUGUCACAGAAUAUUCUAUUACGUAAAUAACCGAUAUGAGACCAGAAUGAAGGUGCCUGGAUCUUUCAUUUUAGGAGAUUUGUCUCCAUUCACUCUUUAUGACGUACAGGUUGAAUCCUGCAGAAGGAAUGUUUGUGUGAGAAGUAAUGGAACCCAAAUCAGAACUGCAGAAGAUGUGCCAAAAGACUUAUUGCCACCAUGGAUCGAUGUCCUUGGUUCAAGAUCACUUCAGAUUAACUGGACAUCACCAGGACAACCAAAUGGCAUUGUUUUAGGAUAUGAACUAUUGCGUAAAGCUCAGCAUACCUGCCCUGAGUCAAAGCAACUGUCAAAACAUCAAAGUGAAGUAACUUGCCUGCUCUUGGAAUGCAACAUUCAUGAAAACAUACAUGGAAGACGAUGCAGUAAUCCCCAGUUUAAGAUAUGUUGCAAUGGGAAUCAGUACAAUACUCCAAAUUUCCAAUGCUGUGAGGACAAAUAUCUUUCAUUUCUUCUGAAUGUAUCAAGUGCUUGUUGUGGAGGUCAGAGGUAUACAGUGGAACCAGAAUAUCACUAUUGUGGUAACUAUUCUUCACAAAUAUUCACAGAGACAUUUAUACAUAGAAGAAUAGAGAAGUUAAUACAAGAAGAUGUCAUAGUACAGUCUUAUUGCUAUCUAAAUGAAAAGCUAAACUGGGUGUCUGUUGUAAUUGAAAACUCUUACUGCUGGCGUAUUCCUUUGUCAGGAAACCAGAUUCGUUGUGAUGAGUCACUGCAUAAUGGCUUCAAUCAGCAAUAUUGUGGAGCGUUCUGUGGUAGACAUGAAUAUGUGAAUAUGUCAAGUAUAGUAUGCUGCUCAACCUUCAGUGGUGAAACUAAAGCCCACAUUAAAAAGAAUAACUCAGUGCCAUUAAAAUGCUGUGUGAUUGAACUUAUUCCAGAGAGCGAAGAAUGUUGUAAUGGACUUGGAUAUAAUCCCUUGAAAUAUGUUUGCGCUGACAGCAUUUCAACUAGAAUGAUGAUGAAGAUAAAAGAAGAAUCGAAAUGCAUCCCACUGUGUCCUAGAUCUACUGAAGAAGUAACAUACUGUGGGCAGUGUAACUUUGACGAGCAUACUUGUUUAUGUGCUUGGAUAAAGAGUUCCUGUAGUUAUACAAAAAAUAGAGAAAAUAAAAGUAUAUGCCCAUCUUUCGAGGAAAAGAUUUAUACAGGAGGCCCAACUCAGUAUUCAUUCAAAGAUAAGAAUCUAGAACCUCAUAUUACAUAUGAAUAUAGGCUAGCUGUGUGGAACAAACAUGGGAAAGGCUUUAGUGAAAUGAACAGUGCAACCACUGAACAAGAUGUCCCUGAAGGUAUACAUCCACCUCAUUGGACAAAAGUGGAUAAUCGUGAAGAUGUAAUAUUUCUAACAUGGAAGGAACCUUGUCAACCAAAUGGUAUCAUCAUUUAUUAUAUUAUUCUCCGAAAUGGAGUUGAACAUUUCAGAGGAAAAGAACUGAACUUCAUGGAUACCAGUGAUAUUCAACCAUACCAGGAAUACUCAUAUUUAUUGCGUGCUUGCACUGUGGCUGGAUGUUCAGACAGUAGCACGGUAAUUGCAGUCACUGUCCAAGGAAUUCCGGAAAAUGUUCUGCCACCAACAAUUAUACCUCUAAAUGCAACAACCUUGCAUUUGAGUUGGGCAGCACCAAAGAAGCCAAAUGGUUUAAUCAAAGAAUACCUCAUCCAUCAAAUUGGAAAGGGAUUUAUAUGUACUGGCCCUGCGGACCAGGUGCAGCUCACCCUCACAGAUCUUCAGCCUUAUGAAAACUACAACUUCACACUCACAGCAUGUACAUUUGCUGGUUGUACUACCAGUCAGACAACUGCAGGUAGAACAUUGCAAGCUGCUCCUCAAGGGGUAUGGUCACAGCCUCGCCAUAUUACAGUAAGCUCUAAAAUAGUGGAAUUGUAUUGGGAUGAGCCAGAAAAAACCAAUGGAAUUGUCAUUCAGUAUAGAUUAUUUUGUGAUGGGGAAGAGAUUUUCAAAGGUGGUGGAGAAAAUCUGAAUUUCACUCAUUCCACCAUGCAACCAAAUAACAGAUACAUUUACCAGCUAGAAGCCAGUACGUGGGGUGGUAGCAAUAUCAGUGAAAAAUAUAUUGUCCAGACACCAGCAACAACACCGGAGGAGAUUCACAUACCAUACAAUAUCACAGUAAUUAAUGCAGAUUCCAUAUUCGUAGCAUGGGACAUUCCUGGGUCAUUUAAGAGCAAUGUACCUUUGGAGUACAAUAUAUUACUAGAUGCUGGCAGUACCUCCUCACUUGUAAAACCAGUUGGGCAGUCCAAUUUCAUUGUUCUGGAUGGACUUGAUCCAUGCACCCAAUACGAGAUAAGGAUUCAAGCCUGCCAGAAUGCUGACUGUGGAGUUGGUGAACAAGUAUAUGCAACCACUGCUGAAGCCUUUCCUGAAGAUUUGAGUCCUCCUGUCAUUUCAGCCAUUGGACCAACAUAUAUAGAUGUGAAAUGGAUACCUCCUAAAAAACCCAAUGGGAUAAUUAGAAACUACUUUAUUUACAGGCGUCCUGUGGGGACUCAAGAGGAAAGGCUUGUGUUCAUCUGGUCUGAAGGCACUUUAGAAUUUAUUGAUGCUACAGAUGCUCUUCUGCCAUUUACUGAGUAUGAAUACCGUGUCAAGGCUCAGAAUUCCAAAGGUUCUGUGAAUAGUUCAUGGUCUCCAACACAGACCCUAGAAGCUCCACCAACAGGCUUGAAAGCUCCCUCAGCACAAGUGAUCAGCGCUCAUUCUCUGUUCCUAAAUUGGACCAGUCCAACUUCUCCUAAUGGUGCUAUUUCUCAGUAUCACAUUGUCUAUCAAGAGAGACAGAAUGACCCAACAAUUAACACUCAGGAUGUUACUGCACUAACAGUUUCAGGAGAGAUGUAUCAAACUUACUUGUUUGGUUUGAAGCCGUAUACAACCUACUACAUUCAUAUUGUUGCUGUCAAUAAUGCUGGCCAAGUUGCUAGUCCAUGGACUUCAGUGCGCACCCUGGAAGCUUCUCCAAGUGGCCUAAGCAACUUUACAGUGGACAAGAAAGAGAACGGCAGGGCAUUAUUACUCAGAUGGCCAGAGCCUUCCAAACCCAAUGGUAAUAUUAAGAUUUACAAUAUUUUCAAUGAUGGUAAUCUAGAAUAUAGUGGUUUGUCUCGUCAGUUCCUCUUCAGACGUCUAGAGCCCUUCACUGAGUACACUCUCCUUCUUGAAGCUUGUACAGCAGCUGGUUGCACUCGCUCUUCGCCACAGCAAAUUUGGACAGAUGCAGCCCCUCCUGCUUCUCAAAUGGCUCCCGUGAUCCAUUCGGUGAAUGCAACCAGCAUUGAACUAAGCUGGUCUGAGCCAAUUAAUUCAAAUGGAAAAAUAAUGCGCUAUGAAGUUAUUCACAGACACACCAAAGAAAAUGCUUCAGAGGAAAAUAGCACAACAGAAGAAGAGGACAUUGUUUUCACAGAAUAUAACACUGGGAGUAAUGCAUUUGUAUAUCAUGCUCAGCAUUUGCAGCCAUGGACUACAUAUGAAUAUAAAAUACGUGCCUGGAAUUCAGCAGGCUACACUGAUAGUCCUUGGUCUGCUGCAAAAACCAGCCAAGCUGCCCCAGAAAGCAUGGCUGCUCCCAUGUUAACUUUUAUCCCUCAAAAUCCCAGCAAAAUGUGGAUUUCAUGGUCACUCCCAGAAAAAAGCAAUGGUGUUCUGCUGUCAUAUAAGCUCCAAAGAAAUGAUGUUCCCUAUCCUUUUAGCUUUGAUGCUUCAACCUUCAAUUACACUGAUGAAGAUUUGCUUCCAUAUACAGAAUACAAUUAUGUAAUAACUGCUUGCACCCAGGGAGGGUGCUGCUCUAGUGACCAUUCCAGAAUUCGGACAUUAGAGGCAGCUCCAGCAAUAGUCAGCCCUCCUACUCUAGAAGGUAUACAUUCAACCCAGAUUAAUGUAUCUUGGUCACCACCCCAAAUUCAAAAUGGUGAAAUCAUAAAAUACAUUUUAAAGCUGAAUGGUGAAGAACAAUAUGUUGGAAAGAGUUUAUUCAAGACAGUAGUGAAUCUACAACCUUAUGCUAAAUAUGACAUCACAUUGGUUGCCUGUACCAAUGGAGGCUGCACUGCUAGUGCAUCCCAAUCUGCUUGGACAAUGGAAGCCCCUCCUCUUAACUUAGAUCCCCCUAAGUUACUAGUGACAGAUUCAGAAUCUCUAGAAAUUACAUGGAAAGCUCCCAAUAAUCCAAAUGGUAAAAUCCAGAUUUAUGAGCUAAGGAGGAAUGGAUUGCUGGUUUAUUCAGGUCUAGAUACACACUAUAAAGACUUUAUGUUAACUCCUGGAAUGGAAUACAUCUAUACUGUUACUGCAAACAACAGCCAAGGGAGUGUCACCAGUCAAAUAGCUAAGUUAAGAACUGAUCCUUCUGCCCCAUCUGGAAUGUCUCCACCUCUGUUGCAUCCAUGGACCUCACAGACAAUUUUGGUUAUUUGGGAUCCUCCAGCAAAGAUUAAUGGUAACCUGAUCAAUUAUACUAUCAUUCUUCGGGAGCCUAUUAAAUCACAAAAGAAAGUGAUUUAUCUGGAUUCAUUCCAUGAUUCUUUUGGAAGACGAUCUUACAAUUUAACAGAACUAAAACCUUAUCAAAGGUACGAAGUACAAGUACAAGCUUGUGGUCUUCUGGGCUGCAUUCACAGUGAAUGGUCAUCCGUACAAACUCUUGAAGCACCCCCUGAAAUACAGCCAGCUCCUUUCAUAGAUGUCCAGUCAAGUCCUGAUGGAUUCCAGACUGUUCUUUCCAUUGUGUGGACCGGCCCAAAGCACCCAAAUGGAGAUAUCUUACAUUAUGAGCUUUAUCGAAGACAGUCAGUACCCAAUCAAAACAAUGUCAGCCUUGUUUAUAAUGGUUCAUCCACUUCAUUCAAAGAUGACACACUCUUGCCUUUCACCGAAUAUGAAUAUCAGGUUUGGUCAGUUAAUUCUGCUGGCCGAACUGCUAGCAAUUGGACAAAAUGUAAGACUGGCCCAGCCCCUCCUCAAGGACUUCCAGCCCCUUUGUUUGAAACAGUAGCUUCUACUUCUGCUAUAGUCAACAUCCGUCCCCCUCUAAAACCAAAUGGAAUAAUCACCCUCUACAGGUUCUUCUCUAAUAGCACCAAAGGAAAGGAGAAGGUGCUCUCAGAAGGAACUACUUCUCAGCAGACAAUACAUGGACUCAAACCUUUUACCACUUAUUCUAUUGGGGUUGAAGCUUGCACAUGCUUUAACUGCUGCAGCCAGGGACCGAUGGCUCAAGUCACCACCCAACCAGCUCCACCCACUCAGCAGCCAUUUCCUCAUAUAGAAAAUCUGACUUCAAGAAAUGCUUCUUUUCUGUGGGAUGCUCCUCAGGAACCCAAUGGCAUUGUGAGAAGAUAUGAACUCCACAUGUACACAUCCUGUCUUCCUUGGUUACUGCCCAUAGAAAGAGUUUGUAAGCCUGGACCUAUUGAAGUGAGAUAUAGUGGAAAGAACCGGCAUUCCAGUGUAAGUGACCUUCAGCCUUAUACAACCUACAAACUGAGAGUGGUGUCCUACAAUUCAGUUGGAAGUACUACUUCAGAAUGGAUUACUUUUACUACUGAAAAAGAGGUUCCUCUAUACAAAUCCCCAUUUAUCAUAAUUGGAAAUGUAUCCACCAUCUUCUUGGAUUGGAGUCACACCUUCCUACUGAAUGGGCUUCUGAAGGAAUAUGUGCUAAUGGAAGGAGGGCAGCGCAUCUACAGUGGCUUUGAUACUAGACUGUACUUGCCAAGGACAUCUGACAAAAUUUAUUUGUUUCAAGUGACUUGCAUCACUGAUGAAGGGAGUGCUAUAACACCAGUAAUCAAGUACAAUGCUGCUACUGGAUUUGGUCCUGUCUUGACAACUCCAGGAGAAAAUAACAAAGGCAACACAAAGCAAGCAAUGUUCUACACAGAAUUGUGGUUUGUGAUACUAAUGGCGAUCCUUGCCUUGAUCCUCCUAGCAAUUUUCCUGUCUCUAAUUCUACAGAGGAAAAUAAACAAGCAGCUGUAUUCACGGGAAAGGCCUCCUUUAGUCUCAGUUCAAAAGAGAAUGUCACCAAUGAAUGUCUAUUCACAAGGAGAAACUCACAUGGGACUGUCAGAUACAAAAAUUCCAGGACCAGCAUCACCUUUGAGUAUACACAGCAGUAGAAACAUUUCUGUCCUUCAGGGGCCAAGCCAAAGCCAGAUAGAGGAUAGGUUUUCCCAAGAUUCUCUGCAUCGAAGUAUCAGUCACCUCAUUGAAGCAUCUGAGAAAAAGUCCUCGGUAGAAAAUACUGUUUGGGAUGCCAUUAUUCAUGGCCAUGACAGCAAUUUGUGUGCAGACAAUGAAGAUCUUGUGAGCACUAUCAAAAGCUUCAGUACUGUCACCAAGCCACAUACAUCAUUUACUGAUACACACUUGUAG